AUGGUCGUCACCACUCCCGUCUUCAUCCAGACGCUGAUCAACCUCGGCCCCUUGACCACAACAUUCACGCCGGCCCCGUCCUGCGCCACAAAGACAGAUGCAGUGUCCAUCGGCAUACCCUUCCCGCCUCAGGACUCCCUCGUCCCCUUUGGUUCCCCCCCGGGCAGCUGUACCAAACCUCCCGAGCUCGGCGGCUGCGUUCCCGACGGCGCCAAGAUGGACGCGCAGUUCAAGGACAAGGACCCUCUCCAGUUCGUAACCACGGGCCCGGAGAUCUACUACCACUCGCCCGGCGUGGCCUGCCCGUCCGGCUGGACCACCCAGGGCGCCAUCACCAAGCAAGCAGACGGCAAGGUGGUCAACCCGAAGGGUAUCUUCACCCCGCUCCCCAUCUUCAACGCCUCGGAUCCCAUGACUAGGGGGAACAAUGUGGUCCCGCCGGCCACCGCCCUCGUGAGCGCCCUCGACCCCGGCGAGACGGCCGCCAUCUGCUGCCCCACCGGCGGCUGGUACAUGGUCGUCGGGCUCGCGUGCAUGUCCAAGCUGCCCGAGGACAGGUUCCCCGUGCCGACGGCGCAGUGCAUGGUCGUGCCGACCGACACCGCCGGGCACAGCUCCAACGACGGCAACUACAUCGACGGCAAGGUCACGACCUCGAUCGUCGUCGACGGCGUCACGCACACCUCGGCCGUGCUCCUCACGCCCACGUACUCGGGCAAGGGCACCGUCACCGAGAUGGCCUGGCAGCCCGGCCAGACGGACAAGCUCGCCAUGAUCACGGUCGUCCCGGGCGUCGUCCUGGCACAAACGCCGCUGUCGCGAUGCGGCCCGGCGGCCCUGACCCUCGUUCGCUUGGCGGGCUGGCGCUCGUUGUCGCGACGGCGGUCAUGGCUGGGGUUGCGGUUAUGA